AAACGUGUAUACAUAUCUACCACACACGUACACAAUACAUAAAAGCGGAUUGGCAUUGAGGUCUGUUAUCUGAGGUUGAAGAAGUUGCAGAAAAUGGGAAGAGAUAGUGAUGCGGUGGAAAAAGGAUGCUGCAGUAAGGGGCCAGGUUAUGCUAGCCCGCUUGAAGCCAUGUUCGGUCCGAGGGAAACUCUUAUUUACGUUAAUUGUGUUAACACAGGAGGGGAAAAGGCAGACUAUCUUGCAACAAUUGAUGUUAAUCCAAGUUCUAGCACUUACUCAAAAGUUAUACAUAGGCUGCCAAUGCCUUACAUUGGUGACGAACUUCAUCAUUCUGGAUGGAAUGCCUGCAGCUCUUGCUAUCAUCAAUAUCCCUUAGCUUCACGUCGCUUUCUUAUCCUGCUUUCGCUAUUGUCUAGCCGCAUCUAUGUAGUGGAUACCCAAAAAGACCCAAAGGCUCCAAGUUUGCAUAAAGUCGUAGAGGCUGAAGAUAUAGUUGAAAAGACGGGAUUGACAUACCCGCACACUACUCACUGCUUGCCUUCUGGUGAUAUCAUGGUCUCCUUUCUUGGGGGCAAAAAUGCUACUGCUCAAGGAUGUGGAUUUCUUCUACUUGACUCCGAUUUUAAUGUUAAAGGAAGGUGGGAAAAACCCGGACACAGCCCAGUUUUCGGUUAUGAUUUCUGGUACCAACCUCGGCAUAAGACGAUGAUGAGUAGCUCGUUGGGAGCUCCGGUUGUGCUUACCAAAGAUUUCAACAUCGAGGAUGUAUCAAAUGGGCUUUAUGGGAGGCAUUUGCAUGUUUACAAUUGGCCAGAGGGCCAACUCAAACAGAUACUGGAUCUUGGAAACGCUGGUCUUGUACCUCUUGAGCUAAGAUUUUUGCAUGAUCCAACCAAAGAUACUGGAUAUGUGGGGUGCGCUUUGUCAGGUAAUGUUAUAAGAUUUUUCAAGAAGCUCGACGGCUCAUGGGAUCACCAGGUAUGUAUAUCAGUGGAGCCACUGAAGGUACAGAAUUGGAUUCUUCCUGAGAUGCCGAGUCUUAUAACUGACAUCGUCAUCUCAUUAGACGACCGUUUCUUGUACCUUUCCAACUGGUUUCACGGCGAUUUCAGACAAUAUAACAUUGAAGAUCCGUCAAAUCCUCGGCUAACCGGACAACUACACUUAGGAGGUUUGGUCCGAAAGGGAAGUCCUAUACUUAUUGAGGCCGAAGAUGGUUCCACGCACCAGCUUGAUGCACCACAACUUCAGGGAAAUGAAUUAAGAGGAGGACCUCAAAUGAUACAAUUGAGCUUGGAUGGAAAAAGAGCCUACAUUACGAACUCAGUGUUUAGCAGUUGGGACAAACAAUUCUAUCCGGAGCUUGUAGAGAAAGGUAGCCAUAUGAUACAAAUUGAUGUGAAUACAGAGGAAGGUGGGCUUAUGAUCAACCCUAACUUCUUCGUGGAUUUUGGAGCUGAACCAAAUGGCCCUUCUUUGGCGCAUGAGAUGAGAUAUCCUGGUGGGGAUUGCACCUCCGACAUUUGGAUUUAAGCAUCUCAUUAAAACUUGCUCUAUCUUCUUCUUCUUCUUCUUUUGGAUAAAUUAACAUUAUUGAAUAAAGAAAUUUUAAAGGCCGGCCCACAGGGAAUGCGAACCCAAGAUCUUUGGCCUAAGACAUUAA